AUGACUGCCAUGGCUAGGCCCCAAUAUACCCAUGUCGAGCUGUUGACGCUCAACGGACCGGAAUACCGCAGGGUAUCAACUGCCCCUCCCCGCCCCCCGAGCGACGAUGAGAUUCCUGUUAUCGACCUUGUUGGUAUUGAUGGCGAUCUGGAUUCACGCACUGUAAUCGCCGGAAAGAUCCGUACUGCUGCCCAGAAUACGGGUUUCUUCUACAUUAAGAAUCACGGGAUUUCAGAGGACCUGAUCGCCAGCGCUCUCACGCAAGCCAAAGCCUUUUUCCAUCAGCCAGAGGAGGAGAAAGAAAAGGUAUCCAACUUCAAGCUGCUGCAUAUGGAUGGAUACCACGCGGUCGGAACUACGCAGGUGAACAAAUCUGAAACAAAGGAUCGGAAAGAAACCUUUUCCCUUCGGUACAAUGCCCGCAAUGACCCCUCUACAGGACCAGACACCCCGGAAGCUCGUAUCUGGGAUGACUCGCCCCUCUGGGCUGGGACCGCGCAUCUCCCAACCUUUCGCGAAAUCACCAUUUCUUUCUGGCAAGCACGAUUGGCCUUGGCAAGAAAAUUGGUGCGUAUUUUCGCUCUGGCCUUGGACCUUUCCGAGGACUAUUUCGAUAGCGUCGUCACCCAUCCCGGCGCCGAUGGCCUUUACAUCCACUACCCCGGUAUUCCGGAACCUGAACUCAAGGGAGAGAGCAUAGACGUCGGCAUCGGCUCACAUACAGACAUCCAAUGCUUCACACUACUCUGGCAGGACAUGUCGGGAGGUCUGCAAGUUUUGUCAUCCUCUGACGAAUGGUUAGACGCUCGUCCCAUCCCGGGCACACUUGUCGUCAAUAUUGGAGAUUUCCUGCAGCGCCUAUCCAAUAACCGGUUCAGAUCCACCGUGCACAGAGUAUAUAAUCGGCAGAGCGCUUCGCGCUAUUCGAUGCCGUUUUUCUUCGGGUUCAAUCCCGAGACGGUGUGCCAGGUUGUACCGUCCUGUGUCGAUGAGGAGCAUCCAGCUCUUUACGAGCCAAUCUCAUGUGGGAAGUGGCACCGCGAUCGACUGGCUCUUGCUCAAGGAAAGCUAGCUACUGCAUGA